AGAUAGAAGACGCGACUUAUCUGUCUUUGUGUAAGGUUAAGAAACAGCUACCGGAACCGGAGUCGCAGUAAAGUCAUCAGUAUCAUCUUGUUCCCGCUAGGUGAUUAUCAGAGACAUUUUUGACUGCAUGAACCACGACACCUGUUCCAUAUCGAAAAAAAGAUGUUCCAACGCCAGCAGCGUCCGCAACCCUCAGCAUCAAACAGCAUUCGCCCAGUGCUGGCUUCUGGGUGGUUUGGGCUUUGUGAGGAAGUAAACGACGCAGUCGAUAAACUCGGUGAACGCAUGCGCGAAAGGCUGAAUUUCGAAAACGCAGUGUAUGCUAUCGCGAAAACGGGUUCUGACUACGUGCAGUUGAUGUUAUGGUGGAGACGGGUUUUUGAUUUCCUUUAUCUUUCGGAUCUCUCGCUCUCCGUAGACGGGCGCCGCGAAUAGAACGGACCGACUGUGAGUAAGUCACCGUGUUUCUCAGUGGUAGUACGUUGGACUUGGAGAAAAGUCUCCAUGUAUUUCGUUGUUUCAUCAAGGCUUUUCCGAAAAAACGGCAAACCCAAUGCUACAUCGUUCUCUAAUGUUGCAGACAGCACGAGAAACUCUAGAUCAGGUGCAGGAGUUGGCAGCGCAGUUAGCGAGGGAAGAAGAUGAUGGCGUCCGAAUUAGCGGAGAAGCUGAGGCAGAAAAUGGCGACCGGGAGGUUGCGCAACUACAUAGGCCGGAUUCCUUUGACCUUAGCGCAACACCAGAUGCAUCCCUGGCAUCAACGCAGUUCGUACGAGCUAGGACAAGAACGGUGAGUGAUGAUAUUGGAGUUGCAGCACCGCUCGAUCAAGCAGCACAAGCAAAAAGAGUGGAGGAGAAGGGGGACGAACGGGAGGAGGAAGAUCGCGACGUCGGCGUCGAACAACAUGGUGAUAUUAAGGCUUCCCCUAAUCCCUCCCGUGAACAAGCAUCCUAGGGAAGCUUUUCAAGGGGAGAAAGCUCCUACGAUGAUCUUCAGGAUGGAUUAGGUUGAGCUCUAAUGAUAGAAUUACAACUACCUGUGGCUGUGCAACUAGCCAUUUUGGUAGUGAAGAUAACACCGAGAGCGACGAAAAUCUUCAUCAGGGAAAGGUGGAGAGUUUCGUUUUACGACUACCACAGGAGGAGAAGCGCGCGAUGGGGACGAUGCCUCCAUCUUCCUCCUCACGAAUAGCAGGACUACCCACUUCUUUGUUCGGUAAUUCAAGGUCAUCGAGAUCGAUACUGAGCGGUGAAGAUGAAAGCAGAAAGAGAAGACACAGUGGAGAACAUCAAAUAGCAAUACCCCCAGCAUCAACUACAUCGACUGCUCAGCAAUGUUCAUAUUCGUCUAGCUCUCUUUCGUCGACCUCGGUUCUCAGCGACACAAGUGCUCUAGAAAUGCCACAGGGAUACCAACUCUUUGAUCUACGCUUGUCUACAACGCGGCGUCUCGUGAGUAGCAGGAGUGAAGCUUCUUUGUGGGGAAAAUUCAUUCCAGCAUCUAUGGGGAGCACCAGGGACCUAGGGAGGAUUGGAGAUGCCUCGACUUCAUGGAUAUCGAUUGCAGGCGCAGGAGGCAGAGGAGUAGGAGAUGACUUCUCUCAUACCACACGAAGUAGUAGUAGAGCAGGCCAGAGCACUAGUAUGGGAACGGAAAGCGCGCAUGCACGGUACUAUUCAUAGUGGUUUGGUGGCAUAGACUUAGUAGACUGUGAACUUCAUCCAUUGUCCUUGGUUUCCUGAGGAUCUUGUCUUUGAGGCAUAGAUUGUCGAUUCUAGGUACGCGCGCGAAUUCGGAUUGACGCCGUUCGAAAGGGAUAAGUGUCUUCCGUCGAGAGGAAGGGUUACACGAUCAAGAUUCAUGGCAGGGACGACUGCUGGAGGCGCAUGAAGAGAGGCUGAGGCACGGUAAGUCAUAGAAGAAGAUCAUGGUCUGCGUGAGCUACAGGUAGGGGUGGAAAAAAGAAACUGAGUCUGAAAAAUCAUGGAGCCAGUGUGCACUUCAAGUGCGACGUUAUUGAAAAUGCAUACGAAUUUUUUUCCACGGAGACCCUUUGCAUUGGCUCGGUGUGUUAGGCGCGACUGCAUCGCAUGUAACGACCAAAGGCCAAGAAUGUUAGCGUGAAAAACUUUGAUCACGCAAGCAUGGAUCGAAAGAACGACACUCGUUGAUUGUUGUAUUGUUCCAUACCCGAUAAGAAGUACACAUACCCUGUAGAACCC